AUGGCCUCAAUCCAUCCCAGCUGCAGCACUGGUACCAUGUCCAGGAUGGGCUUGCAUCCCAGGAGGGGCUUGACUGGGCACAGACUGCGAAGAUUCCAACCCUGCCUGCCGCCCCGCACUGUGCCUUUCUCUGGUUUGGAGCGGUGGCAGCAGCUGCUGCUGCUGGCCUCCCUCCUGCCUUUAGCCUGGUCAGCCAGCCCCCUCCCCCGAGAGGAGGAGAUCGUGUUUCCAGAGAAGCUCAACGGCAGUAGUAUCAUACCUGGCUCAGGCGUCCCUGCCAGGCUGCUGUACCGAUUACCAGCCUUUGGGGAGAUAUUGUUACUAGAACUAGAGCAGGAUCCUGGGGUGCAGGUAGAGGGGCUGACAGUACAGUACCUGGGCCAGGCACCUGAGAUGCUGGGUGGGGCAGAGCCAGGUACCUACCUGACUGGCACCAUCAAUGGAGAUCCGGAGUCGGUGGCGUCUCUGCACUGGGACAGGGGAGCCCUAUUGGGGGUAUUGCAGUACCGGGGGGCCGAACUCCACCUCCAGCCUCUGGAAGGAGGCGCCCUUAACUCUGCUGGGGGACCAGGGGCUCACAUCCUACGCCGGAAGAGUCCUGCCAGCAACCGAGGUCCCAUAUGCAACGUCAAGGCUCCUUCUGGGAGCCCCAGUCCCACUUCCCGCAGAACCAAGCGCUUCGCUUCGCUGAGUAGAUACGUGGAGACACUGGUGGUGGCAGAUGACAAGAUGGCAGCAUUCCACGGGGCAGGGUUAAAGCACUACCUGCUGACGGUCAUGGCCGCCGCUGCCAAAGCCUUUAAGCAUCCAAGCAUCCGAAACCCUGUCAACUUGGUGGUGACUCGCCUCGUAAUCCUGGGGUCGGGCCAGGAAGGGCCCCAAGUGGGACCAAGUGCCGCCCAGACCCUACGCAGCUUCUGCACCUGGCAGAAAGGCCUAAACCCCCUGAACGACUCAGAUCCUGACCACUUUGACACGGCCAUUCUGUUCACCCGGCAGGACCUGUGUGGGGUCUCCACCUGUGACACUCUGGGUAUGGCUGAUGUGGGCACAGUGUGUGACCCAGCUAGGAGCUGUGCUAUUGUGGAGGACGAUGGGCUCCAGUCGGCCUUCACCGCCGCUCAUGAACUGGGCCAUGUCUUCAACAUGCUCCAUGAUAACUCCAAACCGUGUGCUAAUUUGAAUGGGCAGGGGAGUUCCUCUCGCCAUGUCAUGGCUCCUGUCAUGGCUCACGUGGACCCUGAAGAGCCCUGGUCCCCCUGCAGUGCCCGAUUCAUCACUGACUUCCUGGACAAUGGCUAUGGACACUGCCUUUUAGACAAACCAGAGGCUCCCCUGCAUCUGCCAGUGACUUUUCCUGGCAAGGACUAUGAUGCUGACCGCCAAUGCCAACUGACCUUUGGUCCUGACUCAAGCCAUUGUCCACAGCUGCCACCGCCCUGUGCUGCCCUCUGGUGCUUUGGCCACCUCAAUGGCCAUGCCAUGUGUCAGACUAAGCACUCACCCUGGGCCGAUGGUACUCCCUGCGGACCUGCACAGGCCUGUAUGGGUGGCCGCUGUCUCCACGUGGACCAGCUCAAGGACUUCAAUAUUCCUCAGGCUGGAGGCUGGGGUCCCUGGGGACCAUGGGGUGACUGCUCCAGGACUUGUGGAGGUGGUGUCCAAUUCUCCUCCCGGGACUGCACAAAGCCUGUCCCCCGGAAUGGUGGAAAGUAUUGUGAGGGCCGCCGUACCCGCUUCCGUUCCUGUAACACUAAGAACUGCCCGCAUGGCUCAGCAUUGACCUUCCGUGAAGAGCAGUGUGCUGCCUACAACCACCGAACCGACCUCUUCAAGAGUUUUCCGGGGCCCAUGGACUGGGUUCCGCGCUACACAGGUGUAGCCCCUCGAGACCAGUGCAAACUCACCUGCCAGGCCCGGGCACUGGGCUACUACUACGUACUGGAGCCACGGGUGGCAGAUGGAACUCCCUGUUCCCCAGACUCCUCCUCUGUCUGUGUCCAGGGCCGCUGUAUCCACGCUGGCUGUGAUCGAAUCAUUGGCUCCAAAAAGAAAUUCGACAAGUGCAUGGUGUGCGGUGGGAAUGGCUCUAGCUGCAGCAAGCAGUCAGGCUCCUUCAAAAAAUUCAGGUACGGAUACAGCGAUGUGGUCACGAUCCCUGCGGGAGCCACCCAUAUCCUUGUACGGCAGCAGGGAGGGUCUGGCCUCAAGAGCAUCUACCUGGCCCUGAAGCUAGCAGAUGGUUCUUACGCCCUCAAUGGUGAAUACACGCUGAUGCCCUCCUCAACAGAUGUGGUACUUCCUGGGGCAGUCAGCUUGCGCUAUAGCGGAGCCACGGCAGCCUCAGAGACACUGUCUGGACAUGGGCCGCUGGCCCAGCCCUUGACGCUGCAAGUCCUGGUGGCUGGCAACCCACAGAAUGUACGUCUGCGGUACAGUUUCUUUGUCCCCUGGCCAGUCCCUUCAACGCCACGCCCUCCUCCCCAAAACUGGCUGCAACGUAGGGCAGAGAUUCUGGAGAUCCUUCGGAAGAGAACCUGGGCAGGCCGGAAAUAACCUCACUGUCCCGGCUGCCCUUUUGGGGCGCCGGGGCCUCGGACUCAUCUGGGAGAAUGAGCGGGCUUCUGCAGCUGCCUCAUGCUAAAACACAGUAGGGAGGUGUAGAGGGUGAGACCUGCCUGCCUCUCUGCCCCAAACCGCAGGCUGGCCCUGCCCUGGCUUCCUGCCCUGGGAGGCAGUGAUGUGUUGGUGAAUGGAAAGGAGCCUACUUGACAGUACCCCAUCUAUUUAACUGCCCCCUCUACCCUGCAGGUCACAGGAGGGAGCGGGGAAGACAGGGUGGGGUCCUGGGCCCCAGUUGUAUUUAUUUAGUAUUUAUUCACUUUUAUUUAGCACCAGGGAAGGGGACUAGGAAUGGGGAAACUCACCCAUUAUAGGCCCAUCCUAGCUAUGAAAUCCAGGGUGUUGGUGACAAAUAUAAGUGUGUGUGCGUUCGAGUGGUGUGUGUGUGUGUGUGUGUGUGUGUGUGUGUGUGUGUUUAUGUAUGAGGUAAAACCUGCCCUGCUUUCCUCUUUUCCUGAUUUUUCCCCUGGGAAAAGGAGAGUCAAAGGUAGGAUUGCCUUCAGGGAGUAAGGGAUCAUCACGUUUUU